AUGACGGUCUCCCCGCCCGCAACGCUGAGCAUCCGCGAUCUGAAUGGUGAUUGGACCAUUGACAAGUCCAAAACCGAGAACCUCGAUGGAGCCCUGAAGCUGCAAGGAAUCGGCUGGCUCCGCCGAAAAGCCGUCUCGUCGGGCACAAUCACGCUGAAAAUCACCCAAACAACCCCAGCCCCCGACACCACUGCCGCCGCAGCCGCCUCCAAUGGCAGCACCGGCACCACGGAGCCCGUCAAGCUAAUGAUGCAGCAAGGCCUUCGGGGUAUCUUCCCGGGCGUCGAGCAAACCCGCUCGCUCGACUGGACGGAGCACGAGCAUGUCGACGCAGUCUCCGGCGCGGCGAUUACAGUGCAGAGUCGGUUUGUGGAUGGAAUCCGGGGUGCGGAUGGGCGGCGGGUUAGACCGGACUUGGCUGUUGAGACGGCCGUGCGGAAGAGCGAGGUUGCGGAGUAUUUGGGGGCUGGCGUGGAGGUUGUCGGUGUCGGCGAGCGUGAGAAUGGGAAUGGGCAUGUGGUGGAGAGGGCAUUUGUGCAGGAUUUCAUCUCUGGUGGUGCGGAGGGGUGGACGGCUGAGCAGAUCUGGGCCGUCGAGAGGAUUGGCGAGGAGGUGCGCUUGACCUGCAAGGCUGUUGCGGCCAAGGGGUCUGCGAUUGAGAAGGCGGUUCUUGUUUAUCAGUUUGGGGAGCAGUAG